UCUCCAUUUGUUCUCGUUAAAGCACUUCCCAGUUGUCAAUUAUAACUAAUCAUGCUCCAUCCUCCAUGUCCCUGACCUGAAACCCCAUCUCCUAUCAAUCCCUAAUUAUGAAACUCUCUCGUCCUCAUAGACCAUUUCUGAAACCCAUCACUAUAUCCCACGCCAAACCCAAAUACUUUUGCGACUUCAGAUCCUCCGUAGUUCAAGAUAAUGACGACAAAUACCAAGACUCGCAAUUUAUAGCCAUCCUCUCAGGCAUUUUACGUGGAAAGCAAAGCUGGACAAUUGCAUUGAACGAGCCAUUCAUUUCAAGCAAGUUAAGGCCUCACCAUAUUGAGAAGCUCCUAAUGCGGUCCCUCGAUGAUUCCAGGUUAGCUUUGAGGUUCUUUAACUUCCUGGGCUUGCACAAGAACUUUAGCCACUCAACCAUGUCGUUUUGUAUUCUAAUUCAUGCACUGGUUAAUGCUAAUUUAUACUGGCCUGCUUCUUCAGUAUUGCAAACAUUGCUUUUUCGUGGGUUGGAUCCAAGUGAGGUUUUUGAUGCUCUUUUGGAUUCUUUCAAGGAAUGUGGAUUUAAUUCUAGUUUGGGUUUUGACUUGUUGAUUCAUAUUUAUGUGCAGAAUAAGAGAGUUUUUGAUGGUGUUAUGAUAUUCAGGUUAAUGAAGAACUGUAAUUUGAUGCCUCAAGUUAGGACUUUGAGUGCCCUGUUAAAUGGUUUUUUAAGGAUUAGACGAUUUGAUACAGUUUUAAUGUUGUUUGAUGAGAUUGCGAGCGUGAAUAUUAAGCCUGAUAUUUAUAUCCAUACAGCUGUAAUUCGAAGCUUGUGUGAGUUGAAGGAUUUUGUAAAGGCAAAGAAAAUGGUUCAAUGGAUGGAGUCCAGUGGUUGUGAAUUGAGUGUAGUGUUGUAUAAUGUGUUAAUUCAUGGGCUUUGCAAGAGCCAGAGAGUUUGGGAGGCUGUUGAGAUUAAGAAUGGUUUGGUUCAAAAAGGUCUAAAAGCAGAUGUGGUUACUUAUUGUACUAUUGUACUUGGGCUCUGCAAAGUACAGGAGUUUGAAUUUGGCGUGGAGAUAUUGAAUGAAAUGAUUGAAUUGGGAUUUGUACCAAGUGAGGCAGCUGUUUCAGGUUUGGUUGAAGGGAUGAGGAGGAAGGGGCAGAUUGGAGUUGCUUUUCAUUUGGUAAACAAGGUUGGAAGAGUUGGAGCGAUGCCUAAUUUGUUUGUAUACAAUGCAUUGAUCAAUUCUUUAUGUAAAGAUGGAAAAUUUGAUGAAGCAGAGCUGCUAUUCAAGGAAAUGGGACAGAAGGGUUUAUGUGCCAAUGAUAUCACUUAUUCUAUUCUUAUUGAUUCAUUUUGUAGAAGGGGAAAACUGGAUAUUGCAAUUCAUUUACUUGGAAGAAUGACUGAGGAAGGGAUAAAAGUUACAGUCUAUCCGUACAAUUCCCUGAUAAAUGGUCACUGCAAGUUGGGAAAUUUGAGUGCAGCAAAUUCUUUUUUUGAUGCAAUGCUUGAUAAAGGUUUGGCACCAACUGUGGUAACCUACACAUCACUAAUAGAUGGAUACUGCAAUGAAGGAGACUUGGACAAGGCAUUUGGGUUGUACGAUGAGAUGACUGGUAAGGGCAUUGCACCAAAUGUGUAUACCUUUACUGCAAUAAUAUCUGGCCUUUGUCAAGCAAAUAUGAUGAUUGAGGCAAUUAGAUGGUUUGAUGAAAUGAGAGAACAGAACGUCAUGCCAAAUGAGGUCACUUAUAAUGUUAUGAUUGAAGGACAUUGCAGGCAAGGAAACACGGUAAAAGCCUUUGAAUUACUUGAUGAAAUGGUAGAGAAGGGCCUUGUUCCAGACACAUAUACCUUUAGGCCUAUAAUAAGUGGCCUAUGUUCUAUUGGAAGAGUAUCUGAAGCCAAAGAGUUCAUUGAUGAUCUUCACAAAGGGCAUCAUAAGUUAAAUGAGAUCUGUUAUGGUGCCCUUCUGCAUGGUUAUUGCAAGGAAGGAAGAUUCUGGGAUGCGUUAAGUGCUUCUCGUGAGAUGAUGGAGAGAGGAAUGAACAUGGAUCUUGUGUGUUACGCUAUACUUAUAGAUGGAACCAUACGAGAACAUGAUAUUAGGACAUUAUUUGGUCUUUUGAAAGAGAUGCAUGAUCAAGGAUUAAGACCUGAUAACGUAAUAUAUACAAACAUGAUUGAGAGGCAUAGCAAGGCAGGGAAUUUGAAGGAGGCAUUUGGCCUUUGGGAUAUAAUGAUUGAUGAAGGAUGCAUUCCAAAUAUUGUAACGUACACUGCUCUGAUAAAUGGUUUGUGUAAGGCAGGAUUCAUGGAUAAGGCUGAGCUUCUUUUUAAGGAAAUAUUGAUUGGAAAUAUCACUCCAAAUCAAAUCACAUUUGUUUGUUUCCUUGACUGCCUUACCAAGAAAGGGAACAUGGAGAAAGCUGUGGAGCUUCAUAAUGCAUUGCUUAAAGGUUUUCUAGCAAACACUGUUUCAUAUAAUAUAAUUAUCCGGGGCUUUUGCAAAUUGGGUAUGAUUCAGGAAGCAACAAAGAUUUUGAAUGAAAUGACAGACAAUGGUAUUUUCCCAGAUCACAUUACUUAUUCAACAAUUAUCUAUGAGCAUUGUAAAAGGGGUAAUGUGCAGGAAGCUGUCAAAUUGUGGCACACUAUGCUUGACAAGGGUCUCAAACCUGAUGCAGUAGCAUACAAUUUUAUGAUAUAUGGUUGCUGCAUAGCAGGAGAACUAAGAAAAGCUUUUGAAUUUAAGGAUGACAUGAUAAGAAGAGGAAUGAAGCUAAAUCGGGGCACAUAUAAUGCUCUCACUCAUAGAACUGACUUGAACUUUAUCUGAUGAUAGGUAGUUAUGCUUGUAAAUAUUUGUUCCAUAGGUGUUAAAUGGGAAAAUAACAGAGUUCUCACGGCCUUGAGUUGGUUGAUAGUCUUCUUGGCCAUAAAAAUGACAGUUCAGGUUGGUGAGAUCAUCCUGGGCUCUGGCUAUGAUAAUCUACAUUGGCAGGCACUCAAAAAUUCACUGGAAACCAUGUUGAAGGAGCUGGUUAAAUGGGGUGGUAGUUAUGAAAUUUAAAUGUUUAAAAUAGGCAUUCUGUAACCUGUUAGACAUUUUCACACUAGCUGGAGUUAUAGGUUUACAGAAAGUGUGGGAGGUGUGCCAUGCCAACUGUGAUGAUGGGAUCCACGGCAACCUUAUAAUUUGUGAUGAGUGAUGAAGUUCUUAGUGGUCACAAGCAAGGGAUCAUUGUAUGUAUGGGAUCUAAUCAACUGGAGCUGUCAUCUUCAGGACUUAUUUACAUCUCUAAUUGCUUCAGAUCAAACUCUUCCACAAAGGGUUAGAUAUCUGGAACAACUAAAGUUAUAUCUGCAAAGUCAUCAAAAUCUGGUUCUCUUGCUGUUGGUUUGGCUACACAUCAUGUCUUCCUGUUUGAAAUGAAUCUUGUGUGUUGGCUAAAGGUGGUAGAUGGUUGGUUCCUUCCAUAAUUUUUUUGCUGGCCCCUGGAAUUUGGGUGUGAUUCAGAGUUUUGAGCUGGCUGCAUUGCAGAUGGAUGUUAGGAUCAUUUGGCCAGAAAGCCAGGAGGACAAAUGAUGUAGUGCAGACAUGCACUCAUUUGGAGGCUCAGUCUUUGGCUUGAAAGUCCCCAAAUGAAUAUUGCCAGUGCCUGGUGUCUUACAUGCGCUUCUUUGACAGGGAGGCAGACAAGUCUGGUUUGCGAGAGUUCUGUGAACGCUUUCUUGGAUUGCCUGCUGGGAUGGCUGAAUCCACAUCUGCGGAUACAAAGAAUUUGGCUUGGCAACCUUGUGUGCUUGGAAUGAGAAAGCAAAAACUCUUGAGAGAAGAUAUUAUUCCAGCAAUGGCGUCAAUAUAAAAGGUCCAGCAUUUACUCAACUUGUUCAUGGGUCUCCUGUCUGAAUAUCAAAGUGAUGCAACCAAGCUUCACCAGAAACUAAUCGACCAGCCAGAAACUGAUCAAAUGGACCUUGAUCCCCCAGCAACCGAACCAGCUACAGCUCAAACAAACUCUGCCCAACCAGCAAAAGAUGAUAAAGGCAACUUGGCUACGCUAAGAACUGAUCAAGUAGAUUCGUGUCCGAUAGUGGCAGAUCAAUCUAGCUAUAGAAGCUGGUCCUUGAAAGAUUUCAUAUGCUUAAUUGAGAAAUGGAGAUAUCACGAUAAAUUAAUGAAACUCUCUAUUAUAUGCAUUUAAACGAAUAUUGGGUUAUUUAAA